UUUCAUGCACCUGCACAGAGAGCGGAUGGGAGGAGGAAGAGCGUAGCAACAGGAGAAAACAUGAUGAGACAAAACCCAGCGUAAGACAAAGAGAGACAACAGCAGCAGAAAAGGUUACCUGGACAGGUGAGGUGAACACGAGAAGGAGGUGGCAGACUCAAGGGAAACCUGAGCCACGCACGGGCUGGAAAACCAAACAUCGUUCGGUGCAUUUAUAAGACUGAGCCAGUCGUCAGCCACCACAAAGUCUUAAAGCUGCUGCUUUGGCUCCAGACUGAAUCACAGCCGACACUGGACCACUAUGUCUAUCACCUCCAUCCUUUCAGCUGAGGAUAUUGAAAAUGCUGUCAAGGACUGUCAGGCUCCAGAUUCAUUCAGCUACAAGAAAUUUUUCCAGCUGUGUGGCCUCUCCUCAAAGACACCUCAGGAGGUCAGGGAUGUCUUCCGGAUCCUCGAUGAGGAUAACAGCGGCUACAUCGAGCAGUCUGAGCUCAAGUACUUUUUGCAAAGAUUCCUGAAAGGAGCACGAACGCUGACCGAAGCAGAAACCAAGAGCUUCAUCUCAGCAGCUGACGAUGACAGUGACGGCCGAAUUGGAGCAGAGGAAUUCCAGUCCAUGGUGUUUUCCUGAGUUUAGCAAAGAAAGUGUUCCAGUAACUGAUCCUCUCCCCGCUGAUCCCAGCCUUCAUUCCUUUGGACUUCUAUUGUUUUCUACCAAAUUCUUUUGUGCUCUGCAAGGUGUACUUGAACAUUAUUUUAAUGGCAUCCUGGUUCUGCCCAUUUAAUUGCAACUGGUUUUAAUUUGUACGUUCACUGUCUCUGUUUACAGUUUCUGUUCUUUUCUUUCGUGGUCACGUCACACCUUAUCAGACAGUGAAUUACGUCAACAAAUAAAUGUGGAAAAUUU